AUCAAGAAUCUGUAAUCAGUAUCUGCCCACAGUUGCGACCUUCUUCUGUUCAAUAAAAAACCUCUUCACUCUCACCAAGAGCCACCACCAUAGCAAUGUCUCUCCUUCUCCCUGCCAAUUUACAACAAUGCCCUUCUCCCUCCCUCUCGCCGUCAACCCCACUCUUCUUCUCCCCGUCUUCUUUCUCCUUCGUCGGAACUCGCCUGAGAUGCCGCCUCAGAUUGGUUACUUCCUGCGUCACCUCCGUUCAAAGCACCGUCGCUAAUGGUUCAGCUCCAGCUCCCGUUGUCGUGGAGCGAGAGCAGAUUCGUCUCGGUCUUCCUAGCAAAGGACGCAUGGCCGCCGACUCCAUCGAUCUUCUCAAGGACUGUCAACUAUUUGUCAAACAAGUCAAUCCUAGGCAAUAUGUUGCACAAAUUCCCCAGUUACCAAACACAGAAGUCUGGUUUCAACGUCCAAAAGACAUUGUCAGGAAGUUACUCUCAGGAGAUCUGGAUCUAGGUAUCGUUGGUCUUGACACACUUAGUGAAUAUGGUCAGGAAAAUGAAGAUCUUAUCAUUGUCCACGAAGCUCUCAACUUUGGAGACUGUCAUCUGUCCAUUGCGAUACCCAACUACGGGAUUUACGAGAACAUAAAUUCUCUCAAGGAGCUAGCUGAAAUGCCACAGUGGAGUGAGGAGAGACCAUUGCGUGUUGCUACUGGCUUCACUUAUCUCGGUCCCAAAUUCAUGGAAGCAAACGGCAUAAAGCAUGUAACGUUUUCAACUGCAGACGGAGCCCUGGAGGCAGCUCCGGCGAUGGGGAUAGCUGAUUGCAUUUUGGACCUUGUGAGUAGUGGGACAACACUCAAAGAGAACAACUUAAGAGAGAUUGAAGGAGGGGUUGUGCUAGAAAGUCAGGCGGCACUUGUGGCAAGCAGAAGAGCAUUGACCGAGAGAAAAGGAGCAUUAAACACUGUACACGAGAUUCUCGAGAGGUUGGAGGCCCAUCUUAAGGCGGAUGGCCAAUUCACUGUUGUUGCAAACAUGAGAGGAAAUAGUGCUCAAGAAGUGGCUGAGCGUGUGUUGAGUCAACCAUCAUUGUCUGGAUUGCAGGGACCAACAAUAAGCCCAGUUUACUGUAAACAAGAUGGAAAAGUAUCGAUUGACUACUAUGCCAUAGUGAUUUGUGUGCCAAAAAAGGCCUUAUACGAGUCUGUGAAGCAACUAAGAGCGGUGGGUGGCAGUGGGGUAUUAAUUUCACCUCUUACCUACAUCUUUGAUGAGGAUACUCCAAGAUGGGGUCGACUCUUGAGAAAACUCAAGCUUUAGAUGUUACCUUUUAUGAAAACCUUUGGUGUAAAUCUCUGGGUUAGUACCUGCGUGUUAAGUGUCAACUAUAUAGUUCUGUUUCUUCUCUCGUUGCUGUUGUAAUUUCUACCUUGCUUUUCUGUAUGGAUCCUGUGGUGAACUGCUGGAACAAUAAUAAAAGAAAUAAAAGAUUGUGUUUGUUUUACAGCU